AAGCGACACAAUCACGUGGUAAGAGCUCAGUGUAUAGGAUCUACCACAGCAUCGGUUUAUCCAUCGGGAGUCAUCUUCAGCUGCGAAAGUCCGACGAAGUUCCGAAGGGAUGGGCACUCCAUUUCUUACGCUGAUUGCGCUGCUGAUCUGUUCACGCAUUCAAGCGGAGCAUCGACUGCAAGGAGGCAGGGAGGAUGACGUCGUAGCGGACAUCAGCGGCUCAGUCGAGACCGCAGCACAGAAGCGAGCCAGGAUCAACAAGCGCCAUGAGCCACGCGGUUCCAAUAAAUGUGAUGUUGGAGAAUGCGUUGUAAUGGCGCCGCAAAUCGUCACAAAGAGAAUCCUAGAAAUCAUCGAGAAAGUCAACGGCAUCUCGUCCGACGUGAUCGGUCUCAAGAGCGAAACCAACAUUCGGCUCAACGAUAUCGAGACGUCGGGAGCGGAACUCAAGAAAGAGUUCGAGAGCUUGAAGAAGGAAGUUACGCGGACUUCAUUAUCCGUGGAGAAACUUCGAGGAGUCACCGAUCAAGUGGAGAACAAGCUGGAAGCCUCCCUCUUGUCGAUGCCCAGGAUCACGUCAAGGUACAACCGGACAAGAGCGUCGGGCCUUUCGGACCACCAGGUGGCGCAAGUUUCCGCCUACAAGGUGUCCUGGCAGAUUCCGCGCGGAACGAUCGAUAAAAUGCGAGAAUCGAACCCGCCCGAAAUCGAGAGCCGCAAGUUCAGGAUUGCAGGAUAUUCGCUAAAAUUGAUAUUGGGGUUCAGCUCUCUGCACGGCGAAGACUACUUGGCACUGUACAUGUCCCUGUGUCCGGGUCCCACGGACCAGGACUUGCAAUGGCCAUUCGCAACGCCGUAUGUCUUCACCGUCUCUCACCCGAUCUUGAGAAUGAAAGACAGGCGGUAUGAAGGCACCACGGCAGAACCGAACGAGAUUUUCGAAAAGCCGAGCGGUAAGUGUAAUCCAGCAUGGGGUGUCGGACGUGCUCUCUCUUGGAAAGACGCGGAGGAGAACGGUUUUCUGUUGGACGGUAUCUUCACGGUGUCCUUGGAGCUUUUGCCAAAACCCUAAGCCUGAUGAACACUGGCUAUUCCACAGCAUAUACACAGUGUUUCAAGCCAUAGGCUCUGUACAUAACAAAGACGUAUAUGUUUCUUUGUAUAGACCUCGUAUUGUCAACUGUAGGAUGGGACAAGUGUAAGCUUGCCCACAUCAUGCUUCAGAAAUAAAGCGCUACCUGUAGCACGCAAGGGCUCAUAGGAACUUGCGCCUUCAAGCAUUACGAGACCACCAGAGGUGGAGGUAGAAGAAGAACAACAACAUUCCCAAUGUGCGGAGCAGCAGCGUCAGCCGGGGUAAAGCAUAACCGCAGCAGACGACGGAGCAGUGUCCUUCAAAGUUCCCACAUGCUGCUUUGCGGCGCGUGCAUAUUUUUAAAUCGUCUAUUAUUCAUGUGUUCCCACGAAUCCUCGAAUACUAGGCAGGGAUUCGAGAUUCGGGAAUCCGAAUCCCAGUGCCCAAAACGGCGAAUCGAAUCUUUCGAAUCCGCCGACCACGUUUGUUUGUUCCUUUUCCAACCUGGCGCCUCCGGAGUCCACCGAAAGCCUCAUUGGCGGACGGAUGUUUUCUCGUUUGGUUCUUUACAUUGCUCUGGACUGAAAAAGUUCAGGCAGGAACUCUUACAUUACAAGUAUAAAAGUUUUGUUUUUCUUUUGAUGGUGGCUGAGUUUUAUGAAAAUAAUUCAGACUCGGGAAUUUAUGUAUUUCUUGUAGUCGAUGAACAACAUGUUAAAUAA